AUGAAAAAUGACACUUAUGGCAAUUUUGAAGAAAGAAUUCCGUUAAUAGUGAUACAGGCCGAAGAAGGGACAACUAGGACAUCGGAAGGCGAGGAUAACGAGAUCAGCGAAGCGCAACCUGGAUCCUCGAGAGCUCUCUCAGCAGCCACCUCCCAUGAAGAGGAUGAUGACUCCAGCAAAGACGUCAGCAGUGAGACCAAAAGCCCGGGACAAAGGUUGAUGAGCAAGUUGUCAUCAUCCACAACUAACGCUCGGCCAGAUGAUAUAACAAAGUCUAAUCAGAGAUGGAUGAAACUGCGGACCACAGUGCAGUUAAGUUCCGCUAUACACAAGAAACCAACGCUAAAAAGAGAAGACUCCUUCCUCAAGAGAUUUUCUACACGUCAAAUACCCGAAACUCAGGAGACUGUAGAAGACACGGGCUCCGAAGGUGCAACCGGCGAACACCGAACAACAAAUAGACAAAGACGACGCAAAGUCAGGGUGCCCCCAACAGUUGUUAAUCCAGACGAGAAUUUCUAUUUCUAUUGGCUUUGGCUUAUCACAGUCUGCGUGCUGUAUAACCUUUGGACUCUUAUAGUUCGGCAAAGUUUCCCUGAACUGCAGACAAUGUGUCACUAUUUCUGGGUUAUCUGCGACGGCAUUGGAGACGUGGUCUUCGCAUUGGACCUCAUCGUGCAACUCCGGACGGGAUAUUUGGAACAAGGACUCAUGGUAUACGACUCAAAAAAACUAGCGAAACAUUAUCUUACAUCAAGACCUUUUUUGCUGGAUAUUGCCGCAUUAACUCCGUUGGAUCUUCUUCAAUUGAAAAUUGGAACGAACCCUAUUAUACGCUUUCCUCGCUUCUUAAAGGUCUACCGAGCUGUCAGCUGUUACUACAUGGUGGAAUCCAGGACGGUGUACCCAAACUUUUGGCGGGUGAUCAACUUGAUACAUAUUCUGUUGAUCCUCGCACAUUGGUUCGGCUGUUUUUAUUUCUUGCUUUCAGAAGCAGAGGGUUUUCAGGGCGACUGGGCGUAUCCUCAUCGGCCAGGAGACUACGCCACGCUUACCAGGAAGUACCUCGGGUCACUCUACUGGUCCACUCUAACCUUAACAACUAUCGGAGAUCUGCCCACGCCUGAAACAAACGCAGAUGUGCACGGAGGUCCCAAAUUUCUGCCACGUCGCGGACUCAAGUCCCGCUUGCUGCAGUUCAGAUCCAACCGAGGGUACGUUUUCACUAUCGUAAGCUACUUAAUUGGAGUAUUUAUUUUUGCAACAAUUGUGGGUCAAGUCGGCAAUGUCAUCACGAACCGAAAUGCCAAUAGGCUUGAAUUUGAGAGAUUGCUGGAUGGGGCUAAAACCUAUAUGAGACAUCAUAAGGUCCCUGGCGGUAUGAAACGUCGCGUACUCCGGUGGUACGACUACUCUUGGUCUCGUGGUCGGAUUCAAGGUGGAGGUGAUAUUAACACAGCCCUAGGACUGUUGCCCGAUAAGUUGAAAACGGAACUAGCGUUACACGUUAAUUUAAGCGUUCUGAAAAAGGUAACCAUAUUCCAAGAGUGUCAGCCAGAGUUCUUACAUGAUCUCGUUUUGAAGAUGAAAGCCUACAUCUUCACACCGGGUGAUUCAAUAUGCCGAAAAGGCGAAGUGGCACGAGAGAUGUUCAUUAUCGCAGAUGGUAUUUUGGAAGUGAUAUCCGAGACCGGCCGUGUGCUUACAACUAUGAAGGCUGGCGACUUUUUCGGAGAAAUUGGCAUUUUAAAUCUUGACGGACUGAACAAGAGAACUGCCGACGUCCGAUCUGUGGGAUACUCUGAGCUGUUUUCUUUAUCACGGGAAGACGUUUUGGCGGCCAUGAAAGAUUAUCCAGAGGCCCAAGAAAUUCUUCAAACUCUUGGAAGGAAACGUUUGCAAGAAGCAAAAAACAUGUCUCGGCAAAAAGUUAAGGGUGAAAUAAGCCCAGAUAAAAUGGGAGGUGACGACAGUACCUCAAAGCGCAUAGUUCAUAAACUGCGAACCGAUGUUAAGGGGAUUCGCAACGCCAUAAGGAGUAGGUCACGAGCGGGACGCAGAUCGGGAGAAUCGAUGGAGCUUCAGUCUCUAUCCAGCUCGGAACGAACUGGUGGCGACGCCAAGGUACUAAGAAGGAUGCCUCGAGUAGAAAGUGAUGAUUCGCAGGCCCAUAACCAGGAGGAUCAUAACGGGGAAACUACGUCAUGUGUUAAAGACGGUGAAAAAAGUAUAUCACCCAUUGGUGCUGGAUUGCCAUUAUUGUCACGAUUGAAACUACUGAAAGAAAAACAAGACCGGGAGGAAAAAGGCACUAAACAGAGAACCUCAACUUCUUCGAUUGGAUCAAUUACUACACAACAGCCAACACCUACAACUAGCUCUGUCCAAGACGGAGAACCUGAAAUAAUUGGAGCAGGACUGCCACUAUUACAACGACUGCUUCUAUUAAAAGCUAAAGAAGAAAAAGAGAAAAAUCAAUUAACACCAACAAACAGCAAUCAGCCGUCUAGUUCCGAGACCAUCAGUCCUAGUUCAGUUAAAAGUCCCUUAAGCCCGACUAUAAAAGCUCUGAGUCCGAUCAGAAAAGGAUCUGAAUCCAGCUCCCCAGGUAGAUUACACAGUCCUACAACAAAAAUGUCACGAAAGAACUCCUCUGGAUCUAGUGACGGUGCUUCUCGCCCUAAAGUAAGUUUUAAAGACAAAAUACUGCAAGUUCAGAGUGAUGGUACUGCUGUCUCUCAGCCCCUAGUUAAAGAUACUAUUGAAAAACCAGCAGCACUUGUAGAGCCCACACCUAAAAGUGAAAGUAAUCUUAUAUCUAUUCCACACUCCGUUGUUAGUAAAAUUAAAUCACCGGCUAAAGCUGUAAGCUCUACGUUUCGAGACAAGUUGAAAUUGCUUCAAAGUAGUAGUACAAAGGAAACGGAUACAAAUACUAUGGAUAAAUGUAAAACAAAUACUGAAAAGACAUCUGUAGAAAUAACAUCUGUUCAAUGUACUGAAAGUAAAGAGGAACCAAAGAUAGAAAGCAAAAAGCCCUGGACUAAACUAAAAAAAGCUGCUAUAUUAGGAGACCCAAAAAGCAAAUCAAGCUUAGAAGAUAAAAUAGAAGUAAUUGACAUGAAAAGUAAAAGUUCAAAUCAAACAGAUGGUCACAGCUCAGGUCAAAUUAAUAAGCCAGAUAUAACAGUCAACGUGCCUACCGUUACCACAGCAGAGCUUGUGAAAAUAGAUAAUAAUGUUGAAGUUGAAUGUGAUAAUACUAAACAAGACAAACCUAAUAUUUGCUUAACAGCUCCCUUAGAAUCCGUCCAAGAAAAAUCUUUAGAUAUAAUAUCAACAUCUCCAAAACAAGGCAAUACUACAAAGGCGAGUGAUAUUUCUAGAACGACCGUAACUGCAGGAACUAUGCUUUUACCUAAAGCGAAAAAAUAUAAAUCGAUAGAUGACCUUUCUCCGGAAUAUGGAGGACUUCCUUUUGUUAAGAAAUUAAAAAUUUUAAACGAGAGGCAAAAACUCGCUGCUCUUGAAAAAGUCGUUAAGAUUAGAAGUUCAAGUCUAGACUGCGCUAGUUCUUCAGAAGAUUUGUUAUGUGAUACACUAACAAGAAGCCAUUCCGAAGGAAGUACAAUGGAUAAGAGGAAGUAUAAAAGAAAAUCCACAGAUUCAUCUGGUAGUCAAGAAUCGAAUGAAACAUUGGAAAGAAGGACGCUCAAGUCUAUAUUAAAAAAAUUAUCUGAAGAUGUUUCUCCCAUUCAAAGCCCCGAAAGAAGCAAAGAACUAAAAAGGCUGAUUAGAGCUCCAACUAUAGAAGGAUACGCGGCACGACACUCAAAAUUUGCAAAAAGUGUUACAUUUCAUCGACAUACUUUACCAUCACCACCUGCUAGUGCGCCAUUAGAUAUCGAUGACGAAGUUUUUCAAGUUCCGGACGGUAAAAAUGUUUCUAUUCCAAGUAUAACACCACCACCUAAUCUGAAAACUGACAUAACAGAAACACAAAAUCAGUUAGUUGAACCUGAGAAUGAUGUUAAUGUUCCGAAUCAAAACUUUCAACUCAACGUAGAUACUGAAUACAACUUACAGCAAGACAUUACUCCAGUAUAUGAUAUAAAAUCUUUAAAACCCGAAGAAAUUAGAGUACCACCAGAAAAAACUAAACUUACUUUAAUUUCUGCUGUCACUAAUCAAAGGAAAUUAUUACGAGGUUCAAUCGAAGAUCAAGAGUAUUUUGGGGAAGUGCUUUUAGGAAUUAAACAAGUUAUACAAGGGCAUUUACAUGAGGUUCAAAGCAAAUUUCAAGAAAGGUAUAAUAGCUUAGAAAAUGAGAUUCGAAAACGCGAUGAAAUCAUAAGCCAACUGCAGAAACGUAUUCAAGAGUUAGAAAAAUCAGGACUGAAUGAAACGAGUCUUACAUAUCCAACGGGUCAAACAAGCUUAGCGAGUGAAAUAAAGGAUACAAGCGAUUUCAAUCAAUCAUGUUCUAAAAGUGGCAGUUCAGGAAGUGAAGAAGUUUCAGGGGCCGAAGAAGGAUUCAUGAGAGGUGACUCUUUAGAUACAGUUUUUGCAACAUCGCCUCCUAACGCCAGUGGGGAGGAAGAUGUAGCUACAAAAAGUUUAGAAAAACAACCCACAGUUAAAGAAAUUAAUAUAACAUCCACUAGAAACGAUUUGUCAGACGAAAAACUCACUGAAAUGACUGGUGGAAUUGAAUUAUCAAAAUUGUCGUACUCCGAAUUACAAAUCCUCGCAGAAACUAUCUCUAGCAAAAGUAACAAUACGUUUUCAAGUAAAGAAGAAUGGACAGUAAGUAAAUCGAAGAGAUUAGAUUUAAAUCUUGACGGUAAAGCUGGAACUUAUUCGCGAAAACGGGCUGAGAAAUUAAAACAGCGAAAGUCAUGGGAAGAUCAAAGUGACCAGGAGAACAUGGAAAUGCAAGAUCUCACAAGACCUAUGUCUCCACAAAUGACUGCAGAAGAUCGUUCACUACUUAGUCCCGAACAAUCUAGUCUUCGGACACCGAGGCGAGGAAUACAUCCAUUUCAUUUCUUUGGUACUCACUUGGAUAACACCAAAUCUAAAAUUAAAAAAACCCUAUCCGUUGAUACGGGAAUGCAUCAGACUGGUAGAAAAGAUAAAAAACGCGGUCAACAGCGUCAUCAUCGUAAAUUCAGCUUAGGUUCGUUCUUUGGCUACAACCGAGGGACUCAAUCAAAGCAAACGAAUAACUGCAACGAAGUAGUACUUGACAUUGGAAGCGACUGCAGUUGGAGUGACACGACAUCGACAUCAUCCAGUAGCGAUUCUGAAUCGAUACCAAGGACACCGGUAUUUGAGGAGUUUGUUGGAAAUACUUUCCGUCGAGUUCGACUCGGUAGCUCCAGCCAUGGAAGCACUUCACCCAUCCGAGGAAGUGGGAGUGACUGGGAAGUUAUGAUGCUAGCCAAUGAGUUGGAAAAAAGGGAACGUGAAAAAGAAAAAGAAGAAUCGAGAAGGCAUCACUACCCCACUACGCUAAGGGACUUAGAAGAGGAAUCCGACACACCGCAGAGAGAAGACAGUCCUGAAGAAUUUUCGAACAUCGAAGAUUCAAAUUCCUCAUCUACAACUCAUCUACUCUCACAUUCAAUCAGCGAAGCAUCUCAGAGGUCAUUAGAGACGACAUUCACUGAGAGGAGUAGUCAUUCAAUAAGGCAGCCCAGACAAUUGCGUGUUGGAUCUUUAGGAGAACAGAGCACACGGGACUUCGGCCAUCCAUCAAGAGGAUUAAUUCUACGAGCAGCGAGUCUGGACCGGGAGAGGACACAGGAUCUUCCACACACAAGGCGAUUUGGUUCCUUAAAAAGCUCGACCACUGGUUCGCAUAAAAGACUC